AUGGUGUUUGUGAGUGGCCUAUUGAAACUACUUUACAUAUUCUUCGUGAUUGCUAUAAGGCUAGAGGCAGUUUGGUGUAGUAAUAUCCCUUGGAGUCUGGUGUUUAUCUUUACUUGUUGGUAUGUGUGGAAAUGGAGAAAUCACCAAGUUUUUCAAGGGGAUGAAGAUGUGCCUUUUGAUCCUAAACAACUUAUUGUUCGUGCUGUCCAUGAGUGGUUUAAGGCUUCUCAUGUCUUGAGUAAGCAUAAUCAUAACGUCGAGGUUGAUCUUAAGUGGGAACCUCCUAUUUCUGGCCAGUUCAAGUUAAAUGUUGACGGGUCUAGGAGGAAUGGCUCUGGACAUAUUGGUGCUGGAGGUGUUAUUAGAAAUUCCUCUGGAGAUUGGAUCAGUGGUUUUGCUGUGAACUUAGGGAAGGGGCAAAUUCUUGAGGCAGAAAUAUGGGGAUUAUUUUUUGGGUUGAAGCUUGCUGUGGACAAAGAGAUUAAUAACCUUGUUGUUGAAAUGGAUUCAGCACUUGCUGUCCAAUUGAUCCAGAAGCCGGGCCUUACUGAUGUUCAUCCUCUUGCAGCCUUAGUUGCUAGUUGCUGGGAGUUGAUGCAUAAGAUCAACUGUUGCAGUGUUUAUCAUGUUUACAGAGAGAAAAACAGUGUUGCUGAUUGUUUGGCGACCUGGAGCUAUUACUUAGACUUGGGUCUUUAUAUCUUUGUUGAUGCUCCAGCUUGGGUUGGGCCUAGUUUGAUCGAUGAUUUGCUAGGAAUUACUAGAUCUAGGCUAGUUCCUUCUGAUUUGCUGGUGUAG